AUGGAGAAUUCUACGCGAUCUGACGCUUCCAAUAUCUAUCGUAUGAUUAUGGUCCAUGACAUGGCCUCCAAAACCCCAGCGUACGAGCAAUACCUCCGCGACGAAGCGAAGAAGGACCUCUACGUGAACACUGAGGCCAAGAUGGCCGCAUUGAAAGACCUGGCCGCGAAGCAAUUUGCGCCGAAAACUUCAAUCAACCACCCCAGGCUUUGGAUCUUGCGGAUGCGGGAUGAUGCUGCCCUUCAGAAUCUUGGCACUCCUUCCAUUCCACGCUCGGACCACAAAGGUAAAACUGUCCCCAGGUGA